GGGUAACUGUCUGGUGCAUCCUGUACAUGAAAGUGGAAGUUUUGUCAUUUUCAACUACACUUUACUAAGCCUUUUCUGUCCUGAGGUAGAAGUUUCAUUUGAUCGAAGUCUGUGCAUAUGGUAACAAUGUCUUGGUUAUCUUUACAGCUCCUUAUAGGCAUGUUGCUUCUGCAGAAUUUUGUAGCUAAACAUGAAGCAAUGACCACAAGCAUCAGCACGAAUGGCGAAACGGAAACCACAAUUAAUCCGGUUUCACAGCCUCAUGACAACGUAACCCAAUUCAAUGACACAUCUAAUGACUUAACAGACGGCCAUCAGAACAUCACUGACACACCGUCAAAUAACACUGUUGAGACUACCACCUUACCCGGAUCAGAUCUGUCCACUCUUCCACCUGUCUCAGAACAUCCUCAGACCAGCAAUGUUACCAAAACAGAUCACAGUGUAAUCGUGCCGCAAGCCACCGUUUCUGGAAAAAUUGAAACAAACCCCACACCUAAAAAACCUGAAGAAGAUGCAUCUCCCAAAACUUACGGAGCAGCUUACAUUAUUAUCUUGGUCAUUAUUAUUGUGUGCAUGAUUGGAGUAACAAUUUACUGCUGCUUUCAAAAGAACACCAGGAGGUACUCCAUGGAUUUACAUCCCAAACAGGAAGAUGCUCAGGUUCCGCUCAGCGCAAUUGAUCCGGAGGUGUUCGACUCUACAUCAGUUAAAGACAUGCAAACAUUUAGUCCUGUCGAGUCCAGCAUCCCAUUAAAAGCCCCUGAACCUGUUAAAGAUGCUGAAAAGCCAGUGGAAGGGAAAGAAACGACUGAAGUUAAACAAGAACAGUCUGAUACCCAGGCCAUAGUGAUUUCAGAAGAUAAAGCAGUAGAGCUAACCAUAGUGGAUCUGACUGAUGAAGCUGUGGCCGUUUCGAACAAGACAUCGAUGGAAUCCCUAGAUGAGCCUCUUAAUGAAAACAAGAACAACAGCAACAACAACAAUAUAAGAGAUAAAGUCAAUGAGAAUGGGCAUUUCACUGAAAUCUCUCUUGAUGACUUCUGUACCUUAGGGUAAACAAUCUCCUCAACAUUUUACAAUGAUCUCUCAACCGGAUUAUUUGGACUUUGUUAAAACCUGUACAUUAAGGUCUGAUGUAUUGUCAACUCAAACAACAUGAUUAUGUACUUUAAAACUUCUUGUAAGUCACAUUUGUAUAAGUAACACAUUUAUAUUUUUUACUCAGUUAUGCUGUAUCAUAACUAAUAAGUAAUAUCAUAACAUUGUGUUGUAAUCUUUUCUCAAUAAUGAAAUGUUUUGAACAUCCUACAGUUAACUUUCUGCCUCAGCACAGUGGAGAUGAAUAUCAUUAUAACCAUGAAACAUUAUUUUUAACAGUAUUUUUUUAUGACAUAAUAUUUUGUAAUUAACACAUGAAUGCAAAAUUAAACAUAUAGUGUAACUGUUUAAAAUCUAAUUUAUGGAACCUUAAAUAAUUUAUUCCAUUUUAUUCACUGAAACGUUCUUCAUUUCAUGUCCUAUUUUUUACAUCAAUUAAAUUGAAAAUUACAAACAGAAUUGAAUUUUUUGAUUAUGUAAAUUGGACCUACAGUAUAAAGUUCCUCUGUUGUAUGUUAUAAAUACUGUAAAGGUGGUAUAAUGGUACUGCAUAUACUGUAUGUUAUAAAACCUUCGCUUACUACACUGUACUUAAAUUCUGUUGGUAAAUUUAAAGUUUUCUGAAACUGUGUGAAA